CACAAAACAACUCCGCAUAAUUUACCUGUCAAUUACUUUGCAGGAUGUGACAGUUCUCAGCUUUAGUUGUUAAUUUUUGUCUUUAUACCUAACUUCCACCUGUUAAACAUAUUAUUUCCAAGUUAUGAUACAGCAGCCAUUUUGUUCUUGAUUAUACAAAUAUCAAAUAAAAUGAAAUAAAGUAUUUGAAUACAGAUGUGAGUAGGACAUCGUCAAAAAUGUCAGCAACAUUUCUUCAUGUUGGAGAUAUUGUUUCUUUGUAUGCUGAAGGCAGUGUGAAUGGAUUUAUUUCCACUCUCGGGCUGGUAGAUGACAGGUGUGUGAUACAGCCUGAUGCAGGGGAUCUCUCCACCCCUCCAAAGAAGUUCAGAGAUUGCCUGUUCAGGAUAUGCCCGAACAACCGGUACUCCGCACAGAAACAGUUCUGGAAGGCCGCACGCCAAAGUUCCAACACAGACCCUAUCCUCCUCAAGAAACUACUGCAUGCAGCUGAGCAGGAGAAGAAACAGAAUGAGAAAGAAAAUCAGAAGGAGCUGGGCAAGGAUGUCCAGUAUGGCAGUGUUAUACAGUUACUACACAUGAAGAGUAACAAGUACAUGACGGUGAACAAGCGCCUGCCAGCUCAAUUGGAGAGGAACGCAAUGCGGGUGUCGCUGGACGCCUCAGGGAACGAGGGCUCAUGGUUCUACAUCAACCCCUUCUACAAGCUCAGACAAGCAGGGGAUAAGGUUGUAUGUGGUGACAAGGUGAUCAUGACUCCGGUGAAUGCCGAACAACCACUGCACGCCAGUAACUACGAGCUACCCGACAACCCGGGCUGUAAGGAGGUCAACUCUGUCAGUUGUAAUACAAGCUGGAAAAUGGUCCUGUUCAUGGACUUCAAGGAAAACAUGGAGGACGUGCUAAGAGGGGGAGAUGUAGUGCGGCUCUUUCAUGCUGAAGAGCAGAAGUUUUUGACAGCUGACGAGUACCGUAAACAGCAGCAUGUCUUCCUCAGAACGACGGCGCGGUCAGUGGUGACCAGUGCCACCAGCUCUAAGGCUCUCUGGGAGGCUGAGGUUGUCCAGCAUGACCCAUGCAAGGGUGGAGCUGGUCAUUGGAACAGCCUGUUCAGAUUUAAACAUCUCGCAUCAGGGGAAUAUCUUGCUGCAGAGAUUGACAAUGAUCCGACUGACGACCCAACCCGCAACAAGUUACGGGGCACGUCCCAGGUUUACUGUCUGGUAUCUGUCCCCCACGGGCAUGAUAUCGCCACACUCUGGGAACUCGACCCCACCACCAUGACAAGGACUGACACCCUCGUACCAAGGAACUCGUAUGUACGUCUGCACCAUUUGUGUACGAGCACCUGGGUCCACAGUACGUCCCACCUGGCCAUUGACAAAGACGAUGACAGGCCUGUCAUGAACAAGGUUGGCUGUGCCCAGAUCAAGGAGGAUAAAGAAGCCUUCAACAUUGUGCCUGUGUCCCCUUCAGAGGUGCGAGACUUGGACUUUGCCAAUGACGCAAGCAAACUGGCCGGGGAAAUCGCAAACAAACUAGAAAAGGGCUCCAUCACACAGAAUGAGAAAAGGUACAUAACAAAGCUCUUAUCAGACCUGAUCUACUUUGUGUGUAAGCGUGAGUCAGAUGACACGGGUGGGGACCCUCUCGAUGUGGAAAUGGUCAACCCGGAUGACUGCCGGGAGAGACAGAAAUUGCUGCGGGAACAAAACAUUGUCAAACAGGUGUUCAAGAUCCUGCAGGCCCCCUUCAAGGAUGAUGGAGAGGGGCCAGCCCUUAAAAUGGAGGACAUUAUGGACCAGAGACAUGCCCCCUAUAGGCAGAUCUGCAGGCUGUGUUAUAGGAUUCUUAAACUCUCCCAGCAGGACUAUAGGAAAAACCAGGAAUACAUCGCAAAGAAUUUCCCGUUCAUGCAGCGGCAGAUAGGCUAUGACGUUCUUGCUGAGGAUACAAUCACUGCCUUGUUACACAACAACAGAAAACUACUUGAGAAACACAUUACUGCCUCUGAGAUCGAGACUUUCGUGAAACUGGUCCGCAAAAACAGGGAACCAAGAUUUCUGGACUACUUAUCAGACCUGUGUGUGUCCAACAAGGAGGCUAUCCCCGUCACCCAGGAGCUCAUCUGUAAAUGUCUCCUGUCAGAGGAAAACAAGGACAUACUCAUUGAAACUAGGGUAGUGAAGACGCAGUAUGAGGUCGAGAUGCAGGACAAUGACCAGGAAGUAGGGGAGACAAUCUAUACCAACGAUGAGGAGGAGGACGUGAUCGUUAUCUGGAAGGAGCCAGACGGGAAAAUCGUGGAUAUCGAUAUACGAGUGUUAGCAGAAAAUGCCGAGACAGACGCUCAUGAUAAGGGUAUCUUGAAGUAUUACAGGCAUCAGUUGAACCUGUUUUCGGACAUGUGCCUGGAUAGACAGUAUUUGGCCAUCAAGUGGCUGUCUCCGGACCUUGAUGUCAACCUAAUACUUAGGUGUAUGUCAGAUGAGAGCCUGCCGUUUGACCUGCGAGCUUCGUUUUGUCGCCUCAUGUUACACAUGCACGUUGACUGUGAGCCACAGGAGACUGUUAAACCAGUCAAAUAUGCCAGACUGUGGAAGGAAAUACCAGCACAGAUCUCAAUUGAUGAUUAUGAGUCCAACAUCAGUAAAGACUUGGAUAAAGAGAGGGUGAAGGCAGAUUUCCAGGAGACCAUACAGUUUGUGGAGAAUUACCUCGAAAAUGUCAGCACUGAGGGGUCGUUUGCUGACAGGGAACAGAACAAACUCACAUUUGAGGUUGUGAACUUGGCUCGACAGCUGAUCUACUUUGGUUUCUACAUGUUCCGGGAUCUGUUACGGCUCACAAAGACGUUGUUGACCAUACUGGACUGUGUGCCUGAGCACCUAGCACACAUGACGGGCAGGCUACCCUCGCCUAGUGAUGAGGCAGCCGCAUCUGAUGUCCUGACCCACAAGAGAAGACUGGAGGAAACAGACAAUAUUGUCAUGGAUACAAAACUGAAAAUUAUAGAAAUUCUCAAGUUUAUUUCUGAUGUGAGACUUGAUUAUCGGAUCACUUGUUUACUCUCAAUCUUCAAAAGAGAGUUUGAUGAAAAUAACGCCCUUAGAGAUACACAGGGCCUAGACCUUGAAAGCAUAGGUCAACAAGCUGAGGAUAUAUUUGGUGGGAGUGCUGAGACCGCAGAACUAGACUUAGAUGAUGAAGGAGGGAAGAUGUUUCUGAGGGUGUUACUGAAUCUUGUCAUGCACAACUACCCCACCCUCGUGUCUGGUGCCCUGCAGCUGUUGUUUCGACACUUUAGUCAGAGACAAGAGGUCCUCCAGGCCUUUAAACAGGUUCAGCUACUGGUGACGGACAGCGAUGUCGAGAACUACAAGCAGAUCAAGGCAGAUCUAGAUGAGUUACGUAACCUUGUUGAGAAGUCCGAACUCUGGGUGUACAAGGAGAAGAAGAGUGAUAAAUCGCAGAAGAAGAAAAAGUCAGGUUCCACGGCUGAGUCCAAAGGGCUCGCAGCAGAGAAAGGUUCCCCCAUUGACCUUGACCUUGGACCGCCAAUAAAGGGUGAGGCAGCCCACAACUACAGGACAAUCAAGAAGAUCCUGACACGCUUGACGCGCUUGUGUGUUGAACCAGGGAAGAUGGAGGCCAAGAAACAUGAACAAAGGCUAUUGAGGAAUAUGAGUGCUUAUUCUGUCGUACUCGAACUCCUACAGAUACCAUAUGAUAAGCACUCUGAUGUCCGCAUGAUGGAGUUGAUGAAACUAGCCCAUGAGUUUCUGCAGGCAUUCUGUAUGGAAAACCAGCAAAACCAGGGACUUCUGCACCAGAGUCUUGACCUCUUCCUAACUGCAGGGCUAUUGGAGACCCAAACCUGCACAGCAAUUUUCAAGGACAAUGUGGGGUUAGCAAACGAGAUCACUGACAAUGUGAUCCAGCAUUUUGUCCGAGCCAUUGAGACAAAUGGACGCCACGUACAGUACCUGAAGUUUCUACAGACGGUUGUGAAGACAGGGGACCAGUAUAUUCGCAAAACACAGGAUAUGGUCAUGGCUGAGCUGGUGAAUGUUGGUGAAGAAGUACUACUAUUCUACAAUGAUCGAGGGUCGUUCCAAAACCUUGUGUCGAAGAUGCAGUCAGAGGAGAUGCGAAAUGAUGAAAACAGUGUGCUCAACUACCACAUCAAUCUUGUCCAGCUACUUGCCCUGUGUACAGAAGGGAAGAAUGUGUACACUGAGAUUAAAUGUCACUCCCUCCUGCCUCUGGAUGAUAUCGUGAGGGUUGUUACACACAAUGAUUGUAUCCCUGAGGUGAAAACAGCGUACAUCAACUUCCUGAACCACUGCUACAUCGAUACAGAGGUAGAGAUGAAGGAAAUCUACGCCAACAACCACAUGUGGACACUGUUUGACAACUUCCUCCUAGAUAUGGCCAUUGUAUCGAAUGCUCCCAAUGACCGUCGCCAUGCGGACAUUGCCCUGGAGAACUAUGUAACCAUCACCGUGAUGAACGUGAUCUCCACCUUCUUCAACUCACCUUUCUCCGACCAGAGCACCACCAUACAGUCCCGUCAGCCAAUGUUUGUGAAGCUCCUGCAGGGGGCGUUCCGUCUUUCCAACAGAAACUGGGAGGGCAGCCAGAGUUUCCAUGUCCAGGAGUGCAUCAAGACUCUCUCAACCAUAGUUUCACAGAUUUGUGCCAACCCAUCGAAGAAACGCGCCAUUGCGAUUCCAUCCGACCUUGACACCCAGGUUGUGACAAUGUUCGAGAAAUCAGCGAUGAUUAAAAACAAGGUCGCGAAAUGGCAGUUUGGAAUCACCAAAAAGCGGGAAUCCAUAUCGGCAGCCACCCGACACGGGGAAAAUCGAAACAUUAUAGAAGGAUUGCAGGGCAUAGUUGAGCUGCUGGAAGAUCAAUUAGCUCCACUUGUGCAAGCAGAGUUAUCUGUUCUGGUGGAUGUCUUACACCAGCCUGACCUGUUGUUUCCUUCUGGAACGGAGGAACGCAAGAAGUGUGAAAGCGGAGGAUUUAUUUCAAGGUUGAUCCGACACACUGAGAAGCUUUUAGAAGAAAAGCAGGACAAACUGUGCAUCCAGGUCCUUGGGACGCUUAAGAAAAUGAUGAAGGUGGAAAAUGAAUAUGGUGAAAAGCCACGUAAAAAAGAGACUCAUUUACAUGCAGUAACUAAAGAAAGGGUGGAAUACAAAUCGCUCUCUAAAAAGGAGCUAGAUGAUCAUCAUCGGGGUGAAGCAUUACGACAGAGCCUGCUCACUCGAUAUUAUGGAAAGCACAAUCUGCAUCCUCGUCAGGACGCGAUCACAACUAUUUCACUGCGAGGGGCCCCCGCUCGUGAUGACAGGGGGGCCGACAUACUUCCACAGAGGUCAGAGAUGAAGAUACAUGAAGUACAGUGCCACCUGGACCAGGCCGGUGCCUCAGAACUGAUUGUGGACAUUAUUAUCAAAAAUGCAAGCUACAAGAUCUUCCGAGAGACAUUGGAACUGGGCAUCGCUCUGUUAGAGGGAGGCAAUACUGUCAUACAGCGGUCCCUGCACGCUCAUCUCCAGAAGGACAAGAACUCGGAGACGUUCUUCCGCGUGUUCUACACAUACAUGUUUGAUGCCCAGACGGAGAUUAAGAACACCAUUAUGGUAAGCACUGCGGAGGUCCUCUCAGAGAAAAAAGCUGAGGAAAAUAUCAAGCCCCAGACUGGAUUCUUGGAUAGAACUGGAGACAUGGAUGAUCCUAUGGAGGGUGGCUCAGUCCGACUACCAACAGUGGACGAAAACUGCAUUGACGGGUCUGGUCCGGGUCACACCUCAGUUGAAGACGCCCUCAAUGAUAAGGCUGCGCGAGAGAAAGAGGAACGCAAACUUCCGUCCCAGAUUGCCAUCAUGGAGCCCAUACUGAGGUUCCUGCAACUGCUCUGUGAGAACCAUAACAGAGACUUACAGAACUACCUACGGGAACAACCAGGCAACAAGACGAAAUACAAUCUGGUCACCCAGACACUACAGUUCCUGGACUGUAUCUGCGGUAGCACCACAGGGAAGCUUGGUCUACUGGGGCUUUAUAUUAACGAAUCCAACGUGGAGCUUAUCAAUCAGACCUUGGCCACGCUCACGGAGUACUGCCAGGGACCUUGCCAUGAAAAUCAGAAUGCCAUAGCCAUGCACGAGAGCAAUGGUAUAGACAUCAUCAUUGCCCUCGUUCUCAGUGAGAUCAGCAUGGACCUUGUCCUUGAACUCAAGAACAAUGCCUCUAAGCUGCUGUUGGCGAUCAUGGAGAGUCGACAUGACAGUGAGAACGCUGAGAGGAUCCUCGUUAGCAUGAGCCCACAACAACUGGUCGAGGUUGCAAAGGGUGCUUUCCAAUCAGAGGAUGCUGUGGAGGAAGAGGAUGAGGACAAAGAGGCAUCGCCAAAAACUGUGGGCCAUAACAUCUUCAUCCUGGCUAAACAGUUGUCCCAACACAACAAGGACCUAGCCGCCCUAUUGAAGCCAUGUGGGGACCUGUACGGGGACCAGGCCCUUGAGUUCUACGCUGGACACACUGCACAGAUUGAGAUUGUGCGACACAACCGUACAAUGGAAAAGAUUGUAUUCCCGAUUCCUGAGAUCUGCGGGUUCCUAACAGAAGAGACCAAGGUGCACGUGAUAAACACUGCAGAGAGGGACGAACAGGGGAGCAAGGUGUCAGACUUCUUUGAGCGGGCGGACGACAUGUACAGAGAAAUGUUGUGGCAGAGAGAUCUUAGAUCAUACCCAUACCUGUACUGGUUCAGCAGUCACAUGUCAUUCUGGGGAAACAUUGCCUUUAACUUCGCCGUGCUGCUCAACCUGCUUGUUGCAUUCUUCUACCCAUUUCAGCACAGCAAAACAGAGCUGGACUCACGUUUAUCUGGUCUGGUGUGGACGUGGAUGCUUGUUUCGCUGGCCCUUGUCAUCACCAUAGCAACACCAUCUAGCAUCAUCACACUGAUUGGUUCCAUCAUUCUACGCAUGAUAUUCAGUGUGGGAGUGGAACCAACACUAUGGUGUUUAGGUCUUUUAAAUCUCCUGAACAAGUUCAUAUUCUUGAUCAGUAUGAUGGGCAAUAGAGGGACGUUCAGUAAACCCUGGCGGUUGAUGAUCACAGACUUUGACUGUGUCUACCAUGUUCUUCUGCUAGUAUUGUGUUUCCUGGGUCUCUUCAUUCACGAGUUCUUCUACAGCUUACUGAUGUUGGACAUUGUAUACCGUGAAGAAACACUGAGUAAUGUGAUCAAGUCUGUCACCAAAAACAGCAGGUCCAUUCUUUUAACUGCAUUUCUGGCUGUCAUCCUGAUUUACCUAUUCUCAAUAUUGGGCUACAUCUUCUUCCAAAACGACUUCCUCAUGGAGGUCGAUCCAUUGCCUGCAAUAGGGAAGGAGGUGGAAGCUGUGAACCAGACAUGUUCAGAUGGGAAUUGCACAGAAACAGCCGUCAACCGUUAUACAGAAGUUGCAGAUGAUGAUGAGCCUACCAAAGAGCGGGCAUGUGAUUCCCUUGUCAUGUGUAUACUGACCACCCUCAACCAGGGCCUCCGAAAUGGGGGCGGUAUCGGAGACGUGCUGAGAAAACCCAGCUCUGUGGAGCCCUUGUUUGUGGCCCGUGUUGUGUAUGAUUUGCUCUUCUUCUUCCUCGUCAUCAUUAUCAUCCUAAACCUCAUUUUCGGUGUGAUCAUCGACACCUUUGCCGAUCUCAGGAGCGAGAAACAGACCAAGGACGAUAUCCUCAGGAACUCUUGCUUUAUUUGUGGUUUACAGCGCAGUGCCUUUGACAACAAGACAGUAUCAUUUGAAGAGCAUACCAAGGUUGAGCACAAUAUGUGGCACUAUCUUAACUUUAUAGUCCUCGUGAAAACCAAGAAAUCGACAGAGUUUACAGGCCCUGAAAGCUAUGUGUCAGAAAUGGUGAAAGAACGGAAUCUAGACUGGUUCCCACGUAUGCGAGCUAUGUCACUUGCUGCCGAGGAAAACGAUGCGGAACAGAAUGACACGCGCAUGCUUCAACUGCAACUCAACAGCACCACAGACCUCGUGCGAUUGUUGACCCACCAGCUAAGUGAAUUGAAGGAGCAGAUGAGUGAACAACGAAAACAAAAACAAAGAAAGGGAUUUCUGCACUCUGCAGCCACUGUGCCGAACCUUAUGCCCAACUUGUGAAAGAAAAAAGCGGUCUAGAUAGUUAUGUCAAUUUAUAUUAUAUAUAUGAACAAAUGCAAUGAAAUGUAUGAUAUAUAUAUGCAGCAUGGUUAAAUACCUGACUUAUGAUCAUAGAGGCAAUGCAUUUUAUCAUCGACGCCUCAUAACCAAAUGUGUAAGCCGAACAAAAAACAAAAACGUUUUGGUAAUGGUAGCUAUAUUGUUAUUAAUGCAAAGGAUAAUAUUAUGCCUGCAGGAUAGGAAAAAAUAUGCAUCAUUAUCAUCAAAAACCUUAUGAACAAUAUGUGAAGAAAAUUGCUACUAAAGCUCGAUUACUAUCAACCAGUGCACCCAUGUAUGUGUAAAUUAUGUUAAUGUUUGAUAUGGUUUAUACUGUAUAUUGGCAAAGAACUGAUUUAUGAUAAUAAAAUCAUGACAUGUUAUCAUCCGAACCUCAUUAUCAAUUCAUGAAGUUCAUAAUAUUAGAGCAUGUACGGAGUGCACAAAUAUUAGAGACAUUGCUAUAUAGAUAUAGCUGGAAGAACACACCUAUAAAAUUGUUUGUUUAGUGAACAUUCAAUUAAUUGAAGCAACCAAAUAACUAAUUUAGUAUCAUGAACGCAUGAUGGAAUGCUAAAUCUGUGAACUAUGGAAGUUUGCAACACGAGAAAAUUAUUAUGUGCGAUUGUUAUAAGAAAAAAAAAUGAUUAUUCCGCCAGUGUGUGAAUUUCGGAAAUUCACAAAUACACAAUUUCGGAAAAAAAAAAUUUUUUGAUUUGUAAAUAUUUCUACUACAUCCAAUAAGAAUAACACUUAGUAUCUGAUAUUCAAACUCAUUGAAGUUAUGGAUGUUAUUUAUGUAAUUUUUUACCAUGAAAAGUACUAAGCAAAUGAUAUAUGUAUAUAUGGGAAUAAUUGAGACCAUAAAGAACAGCUCGAGUGGUUUCCAAGGUGUGAACUAUCUACUAGUUUACAUAAGGAUAUGAGUGGACAUUUCUGGACAAAUUCUAUACAUAUUUCACAUACAUUGUAUUUGAAAAUCACUCUGUAGAAAAAAUGUACAAAUAUGUAUAAAUUUCAAUGUUUAAUAACUGUCUGCAUUUUCUGGUUCGUCGAUUGUUUAUGUCGACUCCAUUGCGUUCUGGUUGCACCCAUAGAUGAAGUACGACUGUUCACAAUUUCUAUGGGGGCAAACAAAACAUUGAACAUAAUGAACAUAAUCUGUGAAUAGCCGUACUUCAUCUUUUAUUUUAUCUUAACAUUAGUUUUUCCAUCUGUAGUGUACUGACACCAUUCCUAAAUAUGAUCAUAAUUACAUUACUUGUUAUACAUCGACACCAUAUAAUAUCCCACCUGAUUUUAAAACUGCUGUUAAUUAAACCAAAGAACUUUUCCAUAUUGAUUUAUAUACAGAUAUAGCUGGAAAAGUAUCAUGAAAUAUUGUAGGCAGAUAUACAUGUUUUAUUAUAGCCUUUUUUCUUCUCCAUGUUUAAUUAUAACAUAUAACAAUAUUACUAAUUCUGUUUAUGAUAAAUAUGUACUAUCUCUGUUCCUUGCUUUUGCAACUUCUUAUUUACACCUGCUCGAUGAGCCUCUCUUCUAGUGUUUGUUAAAAUUUGUAUGAUUUAAGAUUUAUUAUAUAUCAAAGGGUGCUUUCAAGACUGUAGUAACUACCUUUACUUAUAGAAGGACUUACUUCAGUGUUACAUUCACUCUUUAAAUUCUGUUAAAGCUUUAUUGUUUGGAAUCUUGAAGAGUUCUCAUUUUCUCUAAGGCUUCAUUUUUAACGAAUAUUUCUUUCUAUAAAUCUUUACUUCUUGGUUUCAAAUGCAAUUACAUUUAAUUAAGAAUUAAGUCAAUUGUAUGGUACUUUAAACAAUUACUUCGGGCAGAUUUAUGUCAAUUUAAGAUGAAUAAUUCAACUACUUAUAAUAAAUGCAUUCAUUGUAAAGCCUUUACAAUUUUGUAUGCAUUUUUUGCUCAUUUUCAUGCAAAGAAUUGAUUUCAUUGCUACGUUAAUUUCUAAGAAACAGGCAUAGAUUAUUGUUUUGCUAAUUGACAAAAACAAAAUGAAAUAUUGCCUGCAAGAUAAAACAAUUACAGUGUUUUUUGGAGGGAAGUUGUAAUGACUACUGCUUUUCUACAUUUUUUGCAAUAUUUCAUUAAACUGCGCAAUAGUCUUUUUCUGUUACCUAUAUCAUCUGUUUAUCUCCUGUUUAUUUUUUUGCUCUCCUGAAUCUCACUUUUCUUGUGUAUUUUGUAAGAGUGGGAUUGUCUGCAGUGCUCCAGACAGGAUUUGAAAAAUACAGGGUGCUAGGUCAGAAAGGGCACUAUUUAUGUGCAUUGAAUGAGCCUUAAAUUGGGCACUUGAAAUGGUCAACUUUCAAUUCUUAUUGUGAAUUUGUUUUUUUAAUGUUACUUCCAAUACUUAUAAUUUGUUAUGAAUACCUUAGCUGUUAUCUUAACUUUAGUGUCAAAAUUAUGUAUAUUUAUUAUUCUUAUACUUAUUUCUAGAAAUUGACUCUAACUAAAGGGUAUAGCAGGGUGUAGUAAAAAGGCAGUAGGGUGCUGGAAAAGGGCAGUGGGGUGCCCAACCCUGCCAUUUAAGCUUAGCUGGAGCACUGUAUCUGUGUAGCAAAUGACCAUGGCAGGUUUUUUCUCCCUUCGUAGACAAUUAGUAGGCUGUCAUGCAACAUUUACAAGUAAUUUAAAAACAAGUGAUACUUGUAAGAAAAUAUUUAUUUUGACAGUUUAUUGCCACUCUCAGUAUAAUAUAAGUUUUGCACAAGCACAACCACUGACUCAUCAGACAAACUCAAUUUAUAUAUUUUUAUGUUUUUCACCUGUUAUCUGUUAUCAUGUUCAUCCUUGUCUCUUUUUCUUCUUUCUAACUCAUUAUUCCUUCUCUAUUUGUAUUGAGUAAUGCUGGUUUAGCACAAAGCUCUCAUAAUUUAAACUUGCCAUAUUUCAGUUAUGUACAAUUAAUUUUCAUAGAGUCUAAUUUACAUCUUCAUUUGUCCAUAGCUAAACAAUCACUUACAGCAAAGUCUAGUACCUGCAUAUACUUACCUACAUGUUAACCAGAGUUAAAAACAUACCACAGUAUCAAAAUAGAAUUUUUUCACCAUAGGUGGCAGUAUUAGUCAGGGUUAGUGAUGAUUUUUUCUUUACUUUUUUUUAAAUUGGUAGAUCUUGUCGGUAGAGCAGUAGGGGGGGGGGUGGAGUCUCAAAAGCGGUAGAUUUUACCUACCACCUGUAGAAUUCACAUGUCUGUAUACAUCAACGCAAUUGCAGGAAAGCUCGUACGAUAAUUAUAAAAUAUAUUUAAAAAAAACAUAUAUCUUUAUUGGCUGGUUUAGGCAACGUUUAUUUGAUUUUGCGAGUCAAACUUUCAAAAAAAAAUUGUGACACCCACUAAAUGUUUAUUUGGAAUUCAUGAACUUACGAUAAAUUGUUGUACGGUCUUUGACAAGAUUGCUCCACUGUUUAUAAUUAUACAGCAAACUGAUUUAUAACGAACAUCUCGCCUGAGCAAAACUGCCACCUACGGUUCUCACGUGAAACAUUAUACAUGUAGCAUGUGGCUUGUAACAGUAUUUGUAUACAGUGAAAUCUCGCUUUGUCGAAGGCGUUGGACCCUUGGGACUCAUGUCUGACCAAACCAAAAAUAUUGAAAAAUUUGACAUAGCCGGAGCUUCGAGAUAACAGAGUUCGACAUAGCGAGUUUCGACUGUACUUUGAACAACCUCAUUAUAUCACUUAUAAUAACCAUGCAGCUACUUAUAAAAUAACUUAUCAUUAAAAUGAAAGAUAUAAUGUAAGCGCCAUGUUAUUACAUAUAACUAUAUUAUACUGUAUUUCCUUAAACAUUUGUACAUUUUAUAUCAUAGCAGAUAGUUAUUUCUGAAUAACUUAUAUUUACAUAUAAAACCCAUUAUACUAAUUUGCAUUUUUACAAUCAAAAUGACUCAUCUUAUAGUUUAACAGACACUGAUUCAGUCAUAAGAAGUCCAAACGAAAGCCAUGGUUGCUUUGGUUCUGUGUCCAGAAAAAAACUCGCCAAUGACAAUCUGUUAAAAGAAAGAACUUUGUAGGAAAUUAAAACACAUUGAAAAAUGCAUUAAUUUAAAUGAUUAUUUCAUUCAAAAGAACUUUGUAGGAAAUUAAAACACAUUGAAAAAUGCAUUAAUUUAAAUGAUUAUUUCAUUCAAAAGAACUUUGUAGGAAAUUAAAACACAUUGAAAAAUGCAUUCAUUUAAAUGAUUAUUUCUUUCAAAAGAACUUUGUAGGAAAUAAAACGCAUUGAAAAAUGUAUUAAUUUAAAUGAUUAUUUCAUUCAAAAGAACUUUGUAGGAAAUUAAAACACAUUGAAAAAUGUAUUAAUUUAAAUGAUUAUUUCAUUCAAACGAACUUUGUAGGAAAUUAAAACACAUUGAAAAAUGCAUUAAUUUAAAUGAUUAUUUCAUUCAAAAGAACUUUGUAGGAAAUUAAAACACAUUGAAUAAUGCAUUAAUUUAAAUGAUUAUUUCAUUCAAAAGAACUUUGUAGGAAAUUAAAACACAUUGAAUAAUGCAUUAAUUUAAAUGAUUAUUUCAUUCAAAAGAACUUUGUAGGAAAUUAAAACACAUUGAAUAAUGCAUUAAUUUAAAUGAUUAUUUCAUUCAAAAGAAUUUUGUAGGAAAUAAAACACAUUGAAAAAUGCAUUAAUUUUAAUGAUUAUUUCAUUCGUAAUAACGAUGUUGGAAGGCCCAAAAUAGCAAGAUGCGGCUCAUAUUAUUUAGUACAUGUAAUUAUGGGUAUAUUCACAUAUGGCAUAACAUGGCUUACACAUAUCAUUUUGCUCGAUUGUUGAUUUUCCUCUUUGAUCAGCGUGUGUGUUUUUGUACAUGUUGUUAAUAUCUUUGUAUUGAAGGAUAUGUUGAAUUAUUUUAUAGAAGGUGCUAGUGGUUUACAUGAUUGAUUAUAUUGAAAUAAAAGAAACCGCCAAAAUGA